AGAGAGAGAGAGAGAGAGAGAGAGAGAGAGAGAGAGAUUUUUCCUUCCAGAUGCAUCAACAGGGCCUUCUGAAACAAAGAGGAAGAAAUGUUUUGCUCCUCCUCCUCCUCUUCCAAGUCCUCUUCCUCCACUCCCUCCUCCUCUUCAGGUCAACUCAUGAGGCAGCCAAGCAAAUAUACCCUCUACAAUACCUCCACAUUCCUCCUCCUCCCUUCGUCUACAGUCAAAGAGGAGGAGGAGGAGGAAUAAUAGUAGGAAGACAGAACAACAAGCUACCUGAAGAAAUGAAUCAAGAAUGGACCCGUGAAAGUCAUACCAACCAAUCACUUAUUUCGUCAAUAGAGGGGAAAGAGAAGGAGGGAGGAGGAGGAAAGGGAGGAGGAGUGGAAGAGUUGAAGGAAAUACUGGAGGAACUUCUACACCUGCUCUCCACACCUACAUACACCUGUCGGAAGUUAAUUGCAAUGGGAGGAUUCACCUGUAAUCACAAAGCAGAUGGGGAGAAGUAUGUGUGCCAUGACCCCGGUGUGUUCAGGCAGGGUGAGUACUGCCUGGUGUACUCGUUGGGCGCCGGCCACGACUUCUCCUUCGACGGCAGCAUAGCCCGGCACGGCUGCGAGGUGUUCACCUUCGAUGGCGACUCCGACCACAUGAAGUACCCAACACAGAUAGGGAGAGGGAUGUGGUUCUACAAGGUAAGAAUUGGACCUGACUUUUUAAAGCAACUCCUGCAUUAUGUCUCCCCCUCCUCUUCCUCCUCCUCGCCCCAGCUCCUCACCUACUGGCCCCUACCUGCUGUCAUGAGCAGGUUGGGGCACCACAACAACCACCUCCACUACCUGAAGAUCGACAUUGAAGGGCAUGAGUGGAAGGUGUUGGAAGAAUCACUGUUUAAGACCAGCAUCUUGGAGCACACACAACAGCUGGGUCUUGAGGUUCACUUGGACGAACUUAAGACAGGUAACAAGACCCUAAUUGCCAGGAAAUAUCUCAGGGUGCUCCGAGGGCUUGAUCAGCGUGGUUUCCGGUUAGCCCACUGGGAGCCCAACUUCAGGGGGUCAGAGGUCAUUACCAUUGCCGGCCUGACCUUCCACCUCUUCUCGGAAACUCUUUGGGUCAACACAAAAUUUAAACCCAAACGAAACCUGCCCAAUAAAGUUGAUCCACCUCCGUUUUUAUGAGUCUGCAUGUCUGUGUUAUUUGUUUAUUUUUAGUGUGUGUGUGUGUGUGUGUGUGUGUGUGUGUGAGGAAGAUUGAAGGGAUGAGAGUACAUUAAGAGGUGGAUUUUUGGUGGUUACAAAGAAUGGGAGGAACAGAGGAAAAAGUGAAGGUGCAAUUAACCCGAAUGACCAGAGAAGACAUGCAAAUGGAAUUAAUCCCUGGUUCUAGGGCGGCAACGAAAGAUGUGUGUGCGUGUAUAUGUGUUUAUUAAAGUAGGUUGUUAAGCAUUGCAGUAAAAAUAAAUGUUACCUCUACA